AUGGAACGCAUCACCAUCGAACAAGAAAUGGCACUCACUCCGCGCUACUAUAUCCCUCAUCACGCUGUAUUAAAGGGCAGCAGCCUAACCACUAAGUUGCGUGUGGUGUUCGAUGCGUCGUGUAAAAGCAGCACCGGCAUUUCGCUCAAUGAGUGCCUCUCAGUAGGACCCACCUGCAAGAAGAUCUGUUCUCGAUCUUACUACGCUUUCGUACCUUCCAACGAAUCGCAAACACCGCUUCAAACAAUUCUCUGGCGUACUGAUUCAAGCGAAAAGAUGGCAGCAUUUGAAUUGAAAACUGUGACAUACGGCACAGCAUCCUUUCUUCCUUUCAUAGCCGUGAGAGCUAUGCAGGAGUUAGCCAACACAUACGCCUCAACCUACCCAGUGGGAGCCAAUACUGAGCAAGAAAUUAGAGUCCUACGGAAUGAAACCAUCAAGAUACUAAACUCGGGAGGUUUCCAUCUCAGAAAAUGGGCGUCCAAUUGCCCUAAGCUAUUAGAGGACGUACCUCAUGCCGACAUCUGCGAGCCCAUUCACUUCAUUAACACGAACGAAGAGGUGUCUACGUUGGGCAUGCUUUGGAAUACAAAAACCGAUGAUCUUCAAUAUCAUAUCGAUCCCUCUGAUCACACCAGGAUAACCAAACGGAGCAUGUUGUCUAGGGUAUGGCAGCUUGAUUUGGCAUGGGAUGAAACCGUACCCAUGAGCUUACACACUGCAUGGACAAGGUUCGCAUCCCAGCUGAGCGCCGUUGGCGAACUCAAGGUACCACGUUACGUAGCAUGCAAGAAUGCAGUCAGCAUUCAAAUCCAUGGUUUCUCUGAUGCAAGUGAGAAGGCAUACGGAGCCUGCGUCUACCUCAGGGUCGCAGGCCCGCAAGGUCAAAUCUCCACGCGGUUGCUGUGCUCAAGGUCCCGCGUUGCCCCCCUGAAGGCGAUUACCUUGCUACGGCUAGAGCUAUGCGGGGCAGUAUUGCUGGCACAAUUAAUGGACAAAGUUUUGAGAGCAGUGCGCUUCGAACCAGAAGCGAUAUAUUGUUGGACCGAUUCCACAAUAGUGAUACACUGGAUAAGGGCUACAGACAAGAACUGGAACGUCUUCGUCACCAACAGGGUCAGCGAAAUUCAUCGGCUAUCUCAGGCAAGCAGUUGGUUCCAUGUCGCCACAGAAUGCAAUCCAGCUGACUACGUAUCCAGAGGCUCUUUGCCCUCAAUCUUAAUCGAUGCGGUUCUCUGGUGGUCUGGUCCACCAUGGCUCGAAAGGGAAAUUCAGAAUUGGUGCACAA